AUGGCGGCCUCCCUCUCUUAUCAUGAGCCAGGGAUCGAGGAUAUACUGAUUCUCUCCUCGCUGCUCCUGGUGUUGAACCUCAUCAAUUCUGUGCUUGACAGGACGUUGUACUGUGGCCUCGUCGGCCAGGUCCUCAUUGGCAUCGCCUGGGGCACACCGGGUGGGAAAUGGCUCUCGUCGUCCCUAGAGGACGCCAUUGUGCAGCUGGGAUAUCUGGGCCUGAUCAUGAUUGUGUUUGAAGGCGGCCUCUCGACGUCCCUCGCCACCAUGAAGGCCAACCUAGUCCUAUCCGCCGGCGUAGCCUUGACGGGUGUCGCGGCGCCCAUGGCCCUCUCCUUUGUCCUGGCGCCGCUGACCGGCGCCUCGUACCUGCAGUGCUUCGCGGCCGGCGCGGCGCUGUGCUCGACGAGCCUGGGCACCACGUUUACGGUGCUGAGCGCCAGCGGCCUGGCGUCGACGCGGCUCGGCAGCGCCCUCAGCACCGCCGCCAUGAUGGACGACGUCGUGGGUCUGGUCAUGGUGCAGAUCAUCUCGAGUCUUGGCUCGGGGGAUGGACAAGAAAGUAUUGCGCCGGCCACGGUGCUCCGGCCUGUUCUGGUCUCGCUCGCGUUUGCCGUCUUGGUCCCCCUCGCGUGCCGCUUUGCGCUCGCGCCACUCAUGACGUUGCUGGAUACUCUACGCCGCGGCGGCCAAAAGUAUGCCGAGUCCCGGGCGGUCAGGUUGUCCCGGACCAAGCAGAUCGUCUUUGUCGUUCAGACGGCCCUGCUCAUCGCUCUAGUUGUGGGCGCAAGCUAUGCGGGCGCGUCCGUCCUCCUGGCCGCCUACCUCGCCGGAAUCGUCGGAGCCUGGUGGGACGCCAAGGCGCUCGAGAUGAUUCCGGCAAAUGUUGAACCCUCAUCGCCUGUGAUGCAGGACAGUCUGGAAGAAACGAGAUCGGUUCCCACAGCCGGCCGGACCGAGCAUGGAGGACAGGCUUCUCCGGAAAGGCAGGCAAAAGUCCAACCAGAAUCGGCAUCUGGUCGCACUUCAUCUUUGGACAUGUAUGAACAAUACUACCAAUCGUCGAUCGAGCGCGUCCUCAAGCCCUUCUUCUUUGCUUCCAUCGGCUUCUCGAUCCCCAUCAGCAAGAUGUUCUCCGGUGGCGUUGUAUGGCGCGGUAUCAUUUAUACAAUCCUCAUGCUUCUAGGCAAGGCCCUCUGCGGUCUAUGGCUGGUCCGAUUCUCGGUCCCGGUCAAGGACACCUUUUCCAGUUUCUGCACAACGACAAUAUCAGGCCUGCGCACCAUUGUCCGCCAAAUCCCGUUGCGACCGCUCUGGGAUGGCCAUCGAAGCAAUGCAGAGGAGCAGCCACCGCCCAACAAGAGAAACCUUGUCGGCACGACGACCUCGACUGCCGCCUCAUCCGGCAGCCCAGACCCUGCACCACUUCCUCCUCUGCAAGAGCCUGCACAACUGUCGGCGGCCCCCGAGGCGGUCGAAAAGACUAGGAAAAAGACCUUGAGCAAGCCGCUUUCCCUAUACCCGGCGGGCAUCAUGUCAUGCGCCAUGAUUGCGCGCGGCGAGAUUGGAUUUCUCAUUUCCUCCGUGGCCGAGGCCAACGGCAUCUUUCGGGACUCUUCUUCAUCUGCCUCGGCCGAGGACGAGACAUCGGACUUGUUUCUCAUCAUUACCUGGGCCAUUGUCUUGUGCACCAUCAUCGGUCCAUUGUGCGUCGGUCUCUUGGUCCGGCGCGUCAAGAAGCUCGAGGCUGCCAAUGCCGCUGUCCAAGUCGAGGGGAGCAAAAAGGAUGUGCUUGGUGUUUGGGGUGUUUCUUGA